UUGACGGCAAGGACUUUUUUACAUGAAUAUUUUUGCCAUGCCGAAUCACAAGCGGUUGUUUCCCUUUUUCGAGGGCAUAAUUCAGUGGGACUUUCAUGCUCUGAAAGCUUUCAGAUAAAGCAGUGCGAAGAUAUCGAUGAGUGUAAGAAAUUUGCGGGGCAUGUUUGCUCACUACACGCUACUUGUGAGAAUACAUACGGCUCAUUUAAAUGUCUGUGCAAGGAUGGCUUUGCGAUUGCGAAGGAUGCUCGGAACUGUGAUGGUAAGUUCGAGCAAACUUAUUAUCCGGAACAGCUUGCUUCUGGAAAAAAAAAACUUCCAGAUAUUGAUGAAUGUAGCCUGGGCAUUGCAAAUUGCGCUCAAAAAUGUGUCAACAUACCGGGAAGUUAUCAGUGCAUUUGCGAGCGUGGCUAUCGUCUCGGUGCAGAUGGCAUCACUUGCGAAGACAUUAAUGAGUGCACCCUUUGGGCUGGCUCAGGUGAUGAUCUUUGCAUGGGCAGUUGCGUGAAUACACCUGGUUCUUAUCGAUGCCAGUGCCCUGCCGGUUAUGAAAUACAGUCAGACGGUAGGACAUGUAAAGAUAUUGAUGAAUGCGCGAAAGGGCAGUGCCAAGGUAAUGAUCAAAUAUGUGUGAAUACACUGGGGAGCUUCAAGUGUCACAUAAUAAAUUGCCCAACAAAUUAUGUCCACGAUAAGAAUUACAAAAACCGCUGUAACCGAGUGCGCCGCUUGUGCGAUUCAUUAACUGAAGAGGAAUGUAAAAAUCAUCCAGUUCGUAUCAGCUGGGAGUUUACAUCGAUACCUAGACAAGAGCCAAUAUCAUCCAGACGAACAUCGAUCACUCUGUUCACGGUCCGCGGUCCGACCUCACCAUCCAGUAGUGUCCAGUUUGAGUUAAAACUAAAAGACGCUAUACCAGAGAAAUACUACGUGUUGCCAGCAGUUCGAAGUAAUUUUCUGUUGCAAAAGGGUGAGGAACGGAAUGCGGCGGUGAUCGCUCUUAGGGAUUCGUUGGAUGGCCCACAGGAAAUCAUCUUAGAACUCAUUUUGAGGCUUAGCAUUGAUGGUAUAUUCCAAAGCAAAUACAUUGCUAACUUAGUGAUCAACGUUGCAGCGCAUCGUAGACAGCGAAUAACGCCUCUUUCAGACAGUUUCAACGUUAUGAGUUGCAGUGUGGUGGACGAUGGCUAUUCAUGUCUGAAACAGUGCCAUCCAGGUGACCCAACCUGUAUCAGUAAUCACACGCGAGAGAUAUUGUAUCAGUUUCGAGGCUUACCAUCUACCAAACAUAUUAGGCACCCCAUCGAGGUUUCUCGUGUACGAACGCAGAUGGAUACGCCAUUUUCAGUAGAAUACAGGAUAGAUAAGGCAAACAGAGACAAGUUUGCGGUACAACAGGAUCGAAACAUAGGAAUUGUGAAAUUGACAGCGCCAUUGUGGGGGCCGACAACCGAACUGGUACGAUUGCACAUUAACACCUACUCACGAUCUCGUGUACUCCUUGCGCACAAUGUCGCUCUUAUAACUAUAUAUGUUUCACCGUACACAUUUUAA